AUGACACCGACAGGAUCCAAUUACGAAGUCAAGCAAAUGAACCAAGAUGACGACUCGGCUGUGGUCCGCCAAGUUACACCCGAAAUUACCACCAUCUCCAUUCCUUUUGCGCAGUUCGGCGUAUUAAAGACAGGUGGACGCACGACUGUCGUUCGCCUCCGAUCCGGGGCUCUUGUAGUCGUUUCUCCAGUGGCACUGACAGCAACUUCACGCGAAGCAAUCUCAUCCGCCGGCGGUGACGUCAAGUACAUCGUUGCCCCCAACCUAGAGCAUUAUCUCCACGUCGCCGCUUGGAAGGCGGAAUUCCCCAAUGCCUCCCUGAUUGUUCCGCAAGGGCUGCCAGAGAAGUGUGAGAAGAAGCCCGCUCUACGCGAUACCCAGUUCGAUGUUGUCAUCGCCAGCUCUACAAGCGAGCCCACCGUCUCCCAAGAGUUCGACGACGAGUUCUUCGUUGAGUACGUUGAGGCAAUCGCUUCGCAUGACAUUGUUCUGUUGCACAAGCCGACAUAUACUCUUAUCGAAGCAGACCUGCUUUUUAACGUGCCAGCGAAGGAGCAAUUCUCCAAGUCAGAGGACUCGCCCACGUCUGGCUUUUUCAAUGGUCUUGUCGGUCGUGUGUUCUCGGCAGAAGCCCCAGCGACAUGGCAGAAGAGACUGGGAUGGUACGUGCUGGGUGCCAGCGACCGAUCCAAAUUUCGCCAGUCGCUAGGAAGAAUCCAUGCGUGGGACUUUGACCGUAUCGUCCCUUGCCACGGCGAUGUGAUAGAGAACGGGGCAAAGGAAGUGUUCGAGACUGUCUUUGAGUGGUAUCUUUUUGGAAAAAAUUAG